CUGAAUUCACUCUCCAGCUCAAGAUGCGCUGCUAAUGCUCUUCAGUCAACGGUGGAUUUAACUUGGGAGCUAUUAAUCCAGCCACCUUGUGUCAGAUUUUCUGCUAUACAUUCAUCUGCUACGGAAUAAUCUCCGCGUCGCUCAUCUCCCGCUAACUGCGACUUACUUUCCCUCUGCGUCGCUCGCAAGAACACCACAACUGCUGAUUCUCCCUCUUCAACAUUACCUCUUCUAUCCAUGGUUUUCCCGCCAAAGACCUAGUUCAUUUCAUCCCAACCCGAGGAAAAAAGCAUGCGUCUCCACCUCGUCAUCCAGCGCCACGGCCUCCCCGUGACGCGCAUUCUCUGGUCAACAUCCUCGCUUUCCCUCGAACAAAGUGCCUCUUACAAACCCUCAGCGAGCUCGUCCGCGAUUGCAUCAACCCGCGCCCCGAAUGCCUUGUUCGCGAACAGCGGGUACACAAUUGCGCAGCUGCUAGAAGACGUGAACGAGGUUGUCCCGCUCGAGACGGAGCCGAGAUUAUUCGGAGAUAGGUCUACGGGACAGUGGGGGCUGGAGGAUUAUGUGGUUGAGAUUGCAGGGUCUGAGUGUUUGCAUUAUAUGGAUGUGGGGGGUUUGUUGAGGGAUGGGGAUGAGGUUGUGAUUCGGUCACUGCAGACUUCCGAUUUACGAGCUAGGCGGCUUUCAGGUCGUCAUCAGAUUUCGGUGGACGGGAAGCAUCUUAUCGACGGGGUACCGUUUGGAAGGCCAUAUUUGAAACGAUCGACAUCUUCGAGACCUGCUAUUGAUAUUCCUCCGAGAAAGAAGCGGCGCACUUUUUAUGGUGGGGGUUAUGAGGAAGAGGAUACUGAAUGGGCACCGGUUGAUUAUGAAGCUACUGGAAAAGCACUCUCACAGCUGCCGGAUCAGCAUGGUGGUUACAAUGAAGCGGACGAUGAGGAUUUCUACGAGGACUACCAUGAGGGUGAAGAUAGCGAAGAUGAUAAUGAAGAUGACGAGGCUGGUUAUGGUGAUGAUGAAACGGUCAUUCGACACCCUAUUGCAGAAAGAAUCGAGGAAAAGCGCGAGGAUGCCCGCGUCCCUGAGAGUGAUGCAUCUGAUGUUGAAUCUGAGGUUGAAGCUGAGGAUCUAACCCAGGAACUACAAGAACUGAAAGAAGAUAUGCAUAUGUCCGGUUUUGAUCUGCAGGGUGUCUAUGAAGAACAACCCUCACGAUUGCGAUUAACAAAGAGUCCUACGGUGCAAGGCAGUGUUGUGCUCGGGCAAUCUCCAUCUCUCAAAUCCCCAAUCCUACGAUCCCCCGGAGGACGUCAAGUUUCGAAGUCUGUCAGGUUCGAGAGCGGAAGGCAAGCGCAACAGCAGGAGUCACCAGCAUCUCACAAGGUGAAGUCUCCCAAAACGAAAUCUCCCACGAGUGCGAAGCAGCCAUCCCCCUCAAGGUCGAUCUUAAGCAAGGAGAGCCCUGGCAGCGAUUCCGAUAGUGACAGCAGCAUAUCGAGUGACUCGUCAUCAUCAUCGUCGUCGUCCUCAGACGAUGAUGAAGACAAAGACGUCUCAAGUAUCUCGUCGAGUGACUCGUCAGAAUCCUCCGAUUCUUCUGAUUCGGAUGACUCGGAGGACGAGGAAGAAGAGCGCAAGCGCGCUGCGCACGAUCUCAAAGUCAAUCCACCCGGUCUAGGUUCUCUACGAACUAAGAAAAGCAACCAGCGCAACAAGUUACGACGACGGCUAUCAAAGCUGAAAGAGUUCGGCGUCCUGCCUGAGCAGGCGGACUUUACCGCAUUGCGAGAAUGGGAGGAGAGAAACGGAGACUGGAACUUUGAUGUCAGCGUCCUAGCUAAGCCUGCAACCGUCGAAAAGCGGGAUGUUAAGAAGCAGGAGCAGGCUGAAUUUGAAGCAAAGCGGCAAAAGUUGCUUCGUGAUCUUGCAGCUGGCGGCGUUGAUGUUGAUGCGUUUACUGAGGAAAAGGCACCAUCCGCCCAGGCUGCGGAAGAGAAACAGACCCAGGAUGAAAAAGAUCGGGAACAAGUAGAGUUUAUCGCCAAACGACAAAAACUGCUGCGCGAUCUUGAAGCUGAAAGUGUUGAUGUCGAUGUGGAGGAGCAAGAGCAGGAACAACCAAAAGACAAUAUAGCUAUGGAAGACGUCCAAGCCGAGCCUGCGAAAAGGCGCUCACUAGAUGUCGCCAGCAGCCGACGUCUCCUCUUCGGAUCCCUAGGUGUCAGAACACCAAAAUCCAAAGAAGAAGAAGAAGCCACCCGCAAAAAGCUAGCCGGGAAAGUCAACAACUUCCAAUCCCAGCGGCCCGUCGAGGCAGAAGAACAACCUGAAGAGCCGGAAGAUGACAAGGACGAGAACUGGGAAGACAAGCUUAUCAUUCGCGCUACUGAAUGUGUAUUUGAUGAUAUCGAGCUGACUGCCCCACCUUUUCCUUUUGAGCAGCGUUGGGAUGAGAAAGCACAUGAGAUUAUCAGACAGCGUAAGGGAUGGGGGAAGAAGAGGAAAAGAAAGGAGAGGAUCCAGGUAUAUGAUGGGGGUGAUGGGGAGUAUGGGUAUGACGAAGGCUACGAGGGCUACGAGGGCUACGAGGACGGAUACGAUGGUAACUGGGAUUAUGAGAAUGGGGAUAUGCAGCUUGAGUACGACGAUGUCGAUCAGAUGCAGGAGCAGUCGAACGGAGUGGAGGCGGGUGAAGUUGAGCAUGAGCAGGUCGUACCUGAGAAGUCCGAAGACGUGGAGGCCGAUCUCCCUGAAUUGCCAAAGGAUAUGAGCACAAUCUCCGACCUGACCGAAGACGACCUCAAGGAAGCCUCGAUCAUCGCAUAUAAACAACUCGACAUGUCUAAAGACACAAACUGGCAACCCAGAGUAUCUGACUACCGCGUCGCCGAAAUCCACGAGAUCUUCGAAGAAGACAACGUUCUCAAACUCCGCCUCGCAAAGCGCCAUCGCAGACAGCCAGUAACCAAUGACAAUGAGGACGAUGAAGACGAGGGACCUCGUCUGUACAGUGGAUUCGAGAUGCCGGGGUUCGAGGACGAUGAAGAUGAUGAUGGGUUCCGGGAGAUGUCGUUUGCAAAUUUCAUUGAACCGAAGCUUCUGCGUGCUGGUGAGAGUGUUGGACAGGGCGAUGGAGAUGGAGAUAACGACAUCUCUCCAGUUGUAGAGUCUGUUGAGGAUCGUCCGGAACCUGUCCCAAAUAAAUCGAUCGAAGAAGAGCGUCCUCCUGCGGGCAAUGAUGUAAAUAUCGACUCGCAGGUCAAUGGUGUCUAUUGUAUCAUUAAUUCUGCGAAUGAAGCUGCUGAGACUGGCUCUGCCAAGGAGGAUAGAAGUGGCAGUAAUGCCCGCGAGCGCAGGGAGAGCCCUACCGUGAAGUCCCCCAAGUUUGAAGGUUUCCGGUCUCCUCAAAUAGAAAGCCAGUCACCUCCCGAGUCUGCCCAGCGCGAACAACCUGAAUCGGCAGAGGAUGCCGCUGCGAACCAGGAUAAUAGCAGCGGCCAACAAUCGACUCAAGAUCCCAAACAAAGCAGUAACGAGCAAUCAGCCGGGAACCGGCCAACACAUCUGGAUAACGGCCCCGGAGUCAGCGAAGACGAUCUACAACCAAUAAGCAGUCCUGCUAGCCUGAUAUCCUCUUAAUUCAAACUUUUCCCGACAAUGAGGAGUGUGAUACAGGAUUCUUCACUGGUUGCACAACGGAAAAAUGGCAAAUUUUAAGAUGAGGAUAGAAAAGAAGGCAGUCCCAAGCGCAAACCAUGCACCUCGGACAACAACUUCGUCCCGAGUCCAUUGUACGAUAUUGAAAAGGCCCAUGAAGAAUGUCAACGCCGGGAAUCCGAAAUAGCAGAGGACCGAAUCUCCCCCUACAACGAAGACGACGACCCUAAGUUCGUGGGCUUCUCGCCCUCUCCGCCUCCACACAAGACGAAACACGCGCCCAACAACCU